AUGGAGAAGAACAGAGAAAACAAGACCGACCUGCAUAUGAUAUUCAUAGAUCUCGAAAAAGCAUUCGACCGCGUACCGAGGAAACUGAUCUGGCAGUCGCUGAGAGCUCAAAACGUACCAGAAUGGUAUGUCCACCUGGUGAUGGACAUGUACAAAGAGGUGAAAACUAAGGUAAGGAGCCCUGCAGGUACCAGUGAACAGUUCGACGUAAAAGUGGGAGUACACCAGGGUUCAGCCCUCAGCCCCCUUAUUUUUAACCUGGUCAUGAACUACCUCACUGCUGAUAUCCAAAAAAAGCCACCAUGGAACAUUCUGUACGCGGAUGAUAUAGUACUUGUUAGUAAAGACCCGAAAGAACUGGAGUCGACACUGGAGCAGUGGCGAGAAGCUCUGGAAAAUGCUGGACUGAAAAUAAGUAGAAAUAAGACGGAGUACAUGCACUGUAACUUUUGA